GUUACAGUAGUGCUGGAGAACAAACUUGCCUCACAACUUUCUGGGCUGAACUCCAAAUCAACUCUGGCUGACGACACUGAGGAAGACAAACAAAAAAACUGACUUGAGAUCUAUCGCUGGAGCUAUGAGGAUCUUCAAUAAAAACCUUCGCCUUCAGGACGUCACCAUCAUGUACUUCACUGCCCUUGCUGCCGUAAUGGUCAUCUUGGUGGCUUCAUAUCAGGUGCCCUCCAGUGCUGUCGAAGUGUCCAGCCUUAAAUCGAACCCCUCCAGCUCACUUCCACCUCUCCCAAUGCCCUUCCGCGUGCCCCUUGACCCACGCGGGGAGCUCCAGCUGGCCUGGAACAUCAGCUAUGCUGACCAGAAGAUUUACAUGGAGCUGAGGAUCGCAAAUCUCAAACACGGCGUGAUCCUAGGGAUGUCUGACCGCGGGGAGCUGACCAAUGCCGAUUUGGUUGUGCUGUGGGACUCAGGAACUAAAAGCUACUUUGGGGAUGCGUGGAGUGACAGCAAGGGCCACGUCUCAUUGGACAGCCAACAAGACUAUGAGUUGAUCGAAACUAAACAGGCACCCAACAGUUGCUACCUGCUCUUCAAAAGGUCAUUUAGUACCUGUGAUCCCAGAGACUACCUUAUAGAGGAGGGAACUGUGCACAUCAUCUAUGGAUUCUUAGAUCAACCACUUGCCUCGUUGGAGCAGCUGAACCUGUCCCAGAUCCACACUGGACUACAGAGAGUGUUGUUACUGCGCCCUGACACGCCCUCACCUACACUGCCUCCAGAUGUGCAGAAACUGGAAGUCUUGGCGCCUAAUGUCAUCAUACCAAAUCAAGAGACCACCUACUGGUGCUUCAUACAGAAGCUGCCUGAAAACAUGCCCAAGAGCCACAUUGUUAUGUAUGAGUCAGUGAUAACUCCAGGUAACGAGGCCAUCGUGCAUCACAUCGAAGUGUUUGAGUGUUCUCCGGAUGUGCGUGAUGUGCCGGAAUACAGCGGCUCAUGUGAUGACAAGAUGAAGCCGAGCAAGCUUAACUUCUGCCGCCAUGUUCUAGCCGCAUGGGCUAUGGGUGCUGAGGCUUUUUAUUAUCCUCCCGAUGCAGGGCUGCCUAUUGGUGGACCCGGUUCUUCAAGGUUUCUUCGUCUAGAGGUCCAUUACCACAACCCUCUCCUUAUAUCUGACCGCCAUGACUCAUCAGGGAUACGGCUGCAUUUUACCCCUAGUCUGAGGCGGUAUGAUGCAGGGAUCAUGGAGCUGGGCCUUGUUUAUACUCCUGUGAUGGCUAUCCCACCAAAACAACACACCUUCUACCUCAGUGGAUAUUGCACAUCCAAGUGUACUCAGACUGCUUUGCCUCCAGGAGGAAUCUAUAUAUUUGCAUCCCAGCUGCACACCCACCUGGCAGGGCGUGGGGUGAGGACAGUUUUGGUGAGGGGAGGCAAAGAGCUGGAGGUGGUACAAGAGGACCAGCACUUCAGUACACACUACCAGACAAUCAGAGUUCUACUGAAAAUGGUGAACGUGUUACCCGGCGAUGUCCUCAUAACAAAGUGUACUUAUAACACAGAAGACAGGAGCAAGCCUACAGUGGGAGGUUUUGGCAUCAUGGAGGAAAUGUGUGUCAACUACAUUCACUACUAUCCUCGAACUAGACUGGAGCUCUGCAAGACCCAUGUUGACCCAGGAUACCUGCAGAAAUACUUUAACUUCAUUAACAGAUUCCAUGGAAAUGACCAGUGUGCGUGUGGUGAGGUUAAUGUGACGGAGCAGUAUUCUCAACUACAGUGGGACGCAUUCACCGGAGAAGUGCUGGACUCCCUUUAUAAUACAGCCCCCAUGUCCAUGCACUGCAACCAGUCAAGUGCACGGCUCUUUCCCGGAGAGUGGGACAAACAGCCUGUACCUGUGGUUACCUCCAUCCUUGAAAAACCUCGCUACCCCUGUGAGGGAGGAGUACUUCCCACCAGCCAACCUGCUACACCCCCAAACUGAGCCAGAGCGACAUUGGCUCACUUCAAGCCCAGGGAGGGGACACCUGACAUGGGGAAAGUUAAAAAGAAAGUUCCUGCUACUGCAGUAUCUGAGCUGUGUUUGUGUGAUAGAUAGAUGUGUUUGAGGAAUAUGAUUUUAUGGCUAUUUAUUUUGUUCUAUUUUAAGUAUUAUUAAGACAUGAACCAUUAUGUCAUAAACAGUUCUAUAAUAAAUGACUUGAGCAGUAAUCACAGUCAAAAAUGAAAAAUUAAAAAAUGCAAAAAUGUUUUGUGAGACACG